GCCGCGGAAUCGUUGGCGCGAAUGGACGUGUUUUAUUUUUCCGAGCGGAACAGUUUUGUCGUCGUCGGAUUCUAGCGGACACCACUAACUGUGCGUGAACUCGGCAGCGUCUGAGACCUGAGAGGCCUGUGUUUGUGUAUGUGACGUGAACUUGUCGUCCCUUCGUGGGAAGGUUCUUGGGACUUGAGUGAGGAUCGACAGACGGAUCCAUUUCCAGGCCGAGGAAUGGUUUUCAUUAAACUCAAUAAAUGAAGAAUGAAACGAAAUUGUUUUUGUUACAAACGCGGAGCCAGAUUGUGCAAGACGAGGACUGACUGACUGACUUUUUCGGGUGCGAGUUAAGCGAGUGAAGAAUGAAACCGUGGGAAGGGUAGGUGGACCAGCGGAUGAGAGAGAGGAGUGUUUAUAAAUUAAUAUUAAUUCAAUCAACAAAACGAGUGUGACGAAAAGGCCAUACGAGAGAUCCCUGUUGAUCUCGACGUCGUCGGCAAAGGUUUUCAAUGAGUGCGGACCGUUUUUAAAUUUUUAGGUUUCAAAUUUGGUGCGACAAUUUGGUUAACGAAACGACAACUUUGAGUGCUAGAGCAAGAGAAGCCCGGAGUGUGUAGAUUCUAAUUGAGCCGUUUGCGCAAACGCAUUCGUCGGCGGAGCACACCUACUCGAGACUGAAAAGCGGAUGGGUGCUACUUCUGUUUGAACUCAGUGAAAUCACAAUAUUUGGCCAACGCAAACACACCGUGGCGUGGUGCGAUUCAGAAGAAGAUACGGUGAGACGGUAAUCCUGCGUUCCGGUGAAGCUGAAGAUGCGAAACGGCACCUACGAGCGGGAGACAGUAGUGGCAGUCGAACGAGAAUGAGUUUACGAAACGAACGCAUCCGAGGGGCGUGUUUUUUGUUACUAAAUAGUGUGGCGGAAACGUGAUCCGCAAACUACACCACGUUCUAACGCAUAGCGAAAAAUGGGAUGGAAUCCGCCAAAAAAGGUGUUUAUUUCGAAUGGAUGCUAGGAACGUCGUACGUGCGGCUUUAAGUGGUGUUUGUGCAAUAGAGAUAAAAUUUGAACGCUGAAAAUUACAGAAACGUAUUGUAAACAAACAAAGAUCAUAGUCAACUCACCGGAGCGGUGCGGCGUGGCGUUGGCAGCUGACCGCGCGACGAGAGGCUCAAGUGGAAGAAAGUGCUCGAUACUAGUUUUGCCCUACCCGGUGUGAAGCAAGUGAGUGGAUGAUGAGGAUGAUGAUGACGGUGGUGAUGAUGCCCUUUUCAUAGUACACAAGCUGGGAAGUAUAUAACAUCGUCGUUAAGUGAACAGUACUUGGUCGGUGGAGACAAAACGAGGAAAAAGUGCUCAUGUUAUCGCUCGACAAGCGUGUGUGUAGUGUGUGAAUGUGUCUCCGUAGGCCACUCCGAGAGGAGAAAACAAGGUGGAAAAGAAGGAAACUAUAGCGGUUCGGUGCAUUUCGAAGUGUGGCACAUGCAAGAUCAUUGAUCUAUCGGUUUUAUUUAUUGCGCUGUUUACCGAUUCUUCUUGUACAUAUUUGCGUUCUGCAGAACGAAAGCUUUGUGAAUGUGCGAUGACCGGUUCUGGUAGUGUUGUGCGUUGCGUCGCGACGGGAAAAUGAAUUAGAAGACUGAAGAGUUCGUUUUGUCGAACGGCAAAAUCAUAGGUCGAGCAUCUGACUGGGACGAAGUACACAGGAUUCUUUGUGCUGCCCUGGAGCCAUCCCGAAGAGAGAGAGAGCUAAGAGUCUUGGACCGGUGCGCUGCUGAUUUACUCCUUCAAAGCCGUUGAGGAACACGCCAGGCGCUAAGGCGAGGAAACACGUGAACAUUUCCCCAAAGUGCGUUUGUGGGUGUCUCACAUCCUCUUCUUCCUAUGGUUCAUGUCAAUGGGAUUGUGUACGUGUGUGUAGGUGCAUGGGCUUGUGACCAGUUUUUUUUUCUGCUAUCGAGUGCCACUGAAACCACAGUAAAAAGACGGUCGUCGCACAAUUGAUGCUCUGUCGUGGUGCUGUCUUCUGUUGGGACCGUCUAGGAAGUGGCGAAUUACAACGGUACGAACCACCGACUACCGGUGGAAUUCAAGAUUGAAGAGAUUUUUUGCUACUCCGACAGGGGAAGGAAGAAAUAAAGUGUAGAAAAAUAUUUGCCUGCAAAGUUUGGGUCAGAGACGGGAGGAAAAAGGAUAGAGAAAGAGUGGGUUACGAAUGGGAAGACUAAUGUUGAUUUAUAGCAACUUUGUCAUUAUUGAGAGAGUUUCCCCGGGGGAAACUUGUCUGGUUUCGCAUUGUAGGGAGUGAGGGAUCCUUCCAGUUAUCGAGAAAAAGUGGAAUUCGGUGCAAGGAUAACAUAGAUUUCUGUUCAGUGUCGAAUAUCAUAACAAGGGCGGAGAAACAAGCAGCGAAGAUAAUAAUAGUGCGCCCUGUGGCCAUCAAGGGAAGUCUAUGAGAGGCGAAAAGUGUGGGCCAGUGACCGCGUGAGACAUACAGUUUUGCCACUGCCAUCAUUACAGACUAUAUCAUGGGAAAUUAUAGCUGAAGGAGUGCGUCGUUCUUCGAAAGGAAAACAGAAGAAGCAAAAACACAUUUCAUCGAUCAAACGAACGGAAUCAGAGAAUUCGCCCUUGAGAUUCUUCCAACAAUUACAAAGAUCACUCGCGUUCAAAAUUGAAUGACUACGACACGCGUCCGGCUUGGAAUUGCACAGCGCCUCUCCGAAGUCCUGUCGCCAGCAGUCCUAGUGGUACGUAGCAUCCGCAGGCUGACCAGUCCCGAGGCGCCAACGCCGACCCAUUGUAGCCUAGAGGCGCCACGGCAUCAGCUCGGAUGUACCAAAAAGCACGAAGCGGCCACCGCGGAGUAGAUGUGAAGCUGUUGGCCGACAUUGGGUACAUUGCGGAUCGUCUGCGUAGUCUGGAACAGCGCUGGGAGCUGGCCGAGCUGAAGGACCUCCACAAGCGGAUCGUGCUCAGCAUCGAGGACCCUCCAGUGAAUGUGGUGUGCGCAAAACGGGACGGGCAGCUGCGACCGGUGCAAUCGGAGCUCCACGGGAACUCCCAGCUGCAGCAGGAGGUCGAACAGGCGGCCCAAGCAGCACAGGAAGUGGAAGCAGCCAAACGCAACCAACGUCUUCAAUCAGCCCAUCAGGAAGCGCAAGGUCAACCCGAUCCGUGCAACGGCGAUGAUGAAGCACAAGCCAAAUUAGUUCAAUUAGAAGACUUCCUCAUUGCAUUGCAUCGGAGCUACGCUGAAGUACGGCGUGCCAGCCAGAAGUGCAAGAAGAAACUGAAAACACGCGAGCCAGGAGCAAGCGACAAAGGGAACCCCAACCUACCAUUAUCUUCAUCUCAAACAUUCACGUCGCCUUCGGAAUCAUCAGAAGCCAGCAGCCCUCUGAGAAUCUCGAGCGAGCCGAAGCAAACGCAAACGCAGAAACAACCGCACCCACAGAAACCACUGAAACUGGAACAGGAACAAUCAUUCACCACAUCGCAGGCCGAUCGUACUAUGAACCAGGAUCGCGAACUCGAAGAUCCUAAUGUAGCAUCUGAACAGCAAACCAAACUACCACUCGUUGAGGAGGCAACGAGCAACCCAAGCCAACAGGUCAACACCAACAAUCAAAGUGAUGCCAAACAGGAGCCCCAAGCAGCGUCCGCUGGGGACAACAACAGCCAGCAAAAUAGCACUAGCAGCACCAACAGUUGUUCAACGACUCCGCAGAGGUUUGCCAUCGCCGAGCAAAGUACCAAAGAAGAAGACGAGGACGAUACGACCGCUGCUACGACCACAUCCAUCGUAUCGACCGUGUCGACCGUAGUCAAUGCCGAGUCCGGAUCGUUCGAACAACAGAAGCGACCCUCGCUUGAAACCUUCAGCUCCUCGCCGCCGUCUUCGAGGACGGCUCCCCGAGGCUGUGGCCCCAGUGCCAACGGUAACAGCACCGAACCGGACGAGGAGGAGGAGGACACCGAUGAUGAGGACGUUCAUGACGCGGAACGAAACAAGCUGAGGAAGCGAAUCUCGGAACUGACGAACAACUUUGCCAGCGCCAAACAGUACCAGCAGAUGUGUGACAACAUCGACAAGAUCCACGACGUCGAGCUGCGGGCACUGAUUCGGGAGCUCAAGCGGAAGAUUGAAUUCGCCGAGAGGAUGAACUGGUUGUGUCUCUCGAGUCGGCCCCGUGGACCGCCCCAUCGGAAGACCAGCCUGCCGAAGCACACGGAUGUGAAGAAGCGUUUCCUGGAGAUAGCCGACAAGACGCUGUCGGACGAUGUGAAGGCCGCCCUCCGGCUGCCGGCGUUCGACUCGUACGAGUGGGAGGACUGGGACGUGAUCCAUCUGAUGCAGACCAUGUUCGUCGAGCUGAACCUGGUGGAGAAGUUCCAGAUCCCGCGGGAAACGCUCAGCGAGUGGCUGUACGAGGUGUACAAGCACUACAACGACGUCCCAUUCCACAACUAUCGGCACUGCUUUUGCGUGGCGCAAAUGAUGUACGCCAUCACUUGGCACACAAACCUGGUGAAGAGGCUGGGCGAGCUGGAGGUGCUGGUGCUGCUGGUUUCCUGCAUCUGCCAUGAUCUUGAUCAUCCGGGCUACAACAAUAUCUACCAAAUCAACGCCAGAACGGAGUUGGCUCUAAGAUACAAUGACAUUUCUCCCCUGGAGAACCAUCACUGUUCGAUUGCAUUCCGACUGCUGGAGCAUCCGGACUGCAACAUUUUCCGCAACAUGGACAAGGAGUUGUACAAAGAUGUUCGGGAGGGAAUCAUCCGUUGCAUUCUGGCCACAGACAUGGCUCGUCAUAAUGAGAUUUUAACACAGUUCCAAGAGGCUACCCCCGUCUUCGACUACAACAACAAAGUUCACACAAAUUUGCUAUGCAUGGUGCUAAUAAAGGUAGCGGAUAUAUCGAACGAGGCCCGUCCGCUGGAUGUCGCCGAACCAUGGUUGGAUCGGUUGCUGCAGGAAUUCUUCGCUCAGAGUGCCGCCGAGAAGUCGGAAGGGCUACCCGUUACACCAUUCAUGGACCCCGAUAAGGUCAGCAAACCGGGUAGCCAGGUGCGGUUCAUAGGGCUCGUAUUGCUACCGUUGUUUGAGGCACUCGGCGAGCUACUGCCAGAGUUGACUGAUUUGAUAAUUACACCUGUUCGGGUGGCCCUCGAUUACUACAAAAAACUCAACGAUGCUGCCAACAGAACACGCCGAUCGAUCGCGGAAGCUGAGCAGUCAUCGGAGAACAGCACCGGAACAGCAGGAACCGGCACCGGGACGGCAGGCACCGAGAAGAGUAGCCUUGGCGGUGGUGCUGGUACUGGUUCAUCGGGUUCACCACAGCUUCCGCGGUCGCAGAGCGGCAUCAGUGUCAAGUCGAGACGUAGUAUUCCCUCGCAGAAAUCUGCCUCUAGAAUCUCUGUUGAUGAGCCUAUUUUAAUUACAGCCGAACUGCAUGAUCUUCCGGAGGGUAGUGAGAGCGGUGACUCCGAGACGGCCACCGAAGUGGAUGUUGCGGAGAAAACGUCCAAGUUCAAGGUAGAUACGGAGAGCAGCAACCGCAAACAGUCGCACCCGAGCUCUCGCAAGGGGAGCCGCGAGAAGCGCCCGUCAAUGAUCGGCGAAUACUACACGACAGGUACGCGCAUUCGUGGCUCCCACGGCAACAUUCAGCAUACUAAUCGAACGUAUUUUGGUUCAAAUCGCGCCAUUAGUUUAGACCAGUACAGUAACAGCCGCCGGAUGUCCGACGGCAUACAGAUACAGACAGUGGUGUCCGACAAUAGUGUGUAUUACCAUCAACGCCAGCACCGUAGCCUGGAGCAUGACUCCACCGGUAUGUACUCGUCGUCGGACAAGAGCACAAGUUUGAACAGUAGCAAUGAUCAAUCGACGCAGCAACAACCGCAGCAGCAGCAUCAACAACAACACCAACAGCCAAUCGGGCCGCCGUCGUUUCAAUCUAGUCAUCAUGCGCAUUUACAUCACCAUCACUACCAACAGGCUGCGGCUGCAUUGCAUCAGAUGCGAGCGGUGCAAGACUGUGAGAACAUGAACAUUAGCGUGCCACCGGCGGCAACAUCGGGUAAAAUCUAUGCAACAUUCAACAACAACAGUAGCAACAAUAACAAAAACAUCGGUAAGAAAAUGAAUUGGAGUCAGCAACAGAAGCUCGAGUCACUUCGGAAUGGUAGUAAUAACAAUAACAAUGGAAAUAGUAGCGUGAAGGGAAGCGGUCGGGAGGGUAUGAGUGGAACAGCUGGGAACGGUAAAAGCGGCGGUUGUAACGGUACCAGUGGAACCACGUCGAAAUCAAUCAUAUCAAGACUGAGACAGUUGACGGGGAGAUUGAGCUUCAGUUUCGACCCGAAGGAGUCGAAGAAGCUGCAGGUGAUAGCGACUAGUGGUGGGGAAGGCAGCAACGAAUCUGAAUCCGACGGAUCGGGCAAAGGAAGUUGCACUCAGAGGAAGACUCGACUGUUGGAGAAAUCGAAGACUGUGGACGUUGGGGGAACGGUGGCGAUUUGCGGCGAUAGCGUGGAAGGCGCUGGCGAUUUCUGCGGCGCUGGUGGGAUGAUCCUGAAUCAACCGAAGUCGAUCUCGCCAAUUCUUAUGCAGCAUCGGAACAGCGAUGUCAUCAACACCAUCAAUUCGGCUCGGAACCGAGCGUACAGCUUGGAUGUCCCGCUUUCAAGAAAUUGCUGUCGUAGUCUCAGUGGAAGUACGGCUGGAGGCGGUGGAUCCAGCUGUGGAGGAAGUCAAAAGAGUAUAACAUUCUCGUUAAACAAAUCGCUCAACGAAGAAGUGAAUGACACGACAAUUAGUUCUGGUGGUGGCGGAGGAACCGGCGGUGGCAUUCGUCUUCCUUCGCUUGAUGAUGCCAUCAGAAAUGGUGGCAGUGUGGGUGAGACCAUUUGACAACACCCCUACGAACCGUCGUUACAGGGAAUCCUGCUAGUUUCGAGCUCACUGCAAACCGACUCUCUCGCCACACCGCUCUCGCAUCAGUCUCAUCCGCUGCAGCUGGCAGCGGCUGGCAGUAGCUCGGGUGGCAACUAUCCGCGAUCGUUACAGCGAAAACGAUCCUCCCAAGAGGACGGUGCCAUUAGCACUGGCACAGGUGCCGCUAGCGUUGGUAGUGGAAUGCAACGAGCACCGUAUGCCGAGUCGGAAUCGAUUUCAUCCAAGCACACAUCGGCCAGCUACUGGACCUGUCUGACGGAGCGGUUAAGCUCACUGAUCUGCAAGUGCUGCGAGCGGACGCUUCCGCCGGCGGAAAGUGUUUGAAGAAAAAGCGCAGGGUGAUUUCCAUGUUGGGGAUAGUAGCGGGUGGUAGGAUGAAGUAAGGGAAGUAGUAGUUAACGGUUGGAACUGGUAAACCCUUCAAACUUUUUGCAGUCAUUAGUGUUCUCAAAGUAUCUCCUAUCUGAAUCUUCUAUAACCUACGGGGGGUAACCAAAAAAUUGAAAGGUUGUUCCCGAGGCUCGACCGCACAGUUGAUGUAGGCUAUUUGUUCCAUUUUAUUUUUGAUUGUUUUUGAACAAAAUAUGCUGCAGUCGAAAACUUCAGCAACGGCCUUGACACUAAUGACUUCAACCUACCCGUGGCGGACGCUUUUAUGUUAUCUUACUCGGGUACAGAGCACCCGAAGCUUCUUCUCCUUUUUUUGGUGAUGGUGACUUUAUAUCUAUCGACAUAUUUAUGUUUGGUGUCCAAUUUUCUAGUCCGUGUUAGGGAAACGCCUUGCCGUCUUCACAAAUGUGUGUCAAAAUAGAAGCUCAUAUUUCACCAUUGAAACAUUGAACCGAACCGAACCCCGUUAAAAAAAUGGAAAAUUUUCUGGUGACGAUUAAAGAAACUAAAGAUUAUUUAAUGGGGCAUAUUUCCCAUUAAAUAUAAUUUUUUUGACCAUGUUAGAAAAAUAUCAGUUGGCCAAUUGAUCGGAAUUUUCGCCAUUGUUAGAUAUUUGUUGGCAUGUUUUUUAAGUUCUUUCUAAGAUUUAUUUAUUAGUUCCUCCGUUGUUUUUGCCAUCCUCCAUCACUCUCAGCUUUUGUUUCUGGAUCACAGCUUGCUGUUUCGACACGGGCGGUCUUGACUUACGUUUCCAUCAUCAUCUCCGCUAGAUAUUUUUUUCACUGUCUUGCUCGUUGGUUCGACCUCCCGGUCCAAAGACCGAAACAAUUUAGAAACCUUUCCCCCCAUCUUCUGCUUUCGCUUCAACUGCAGUUUAAGAUUGCGUAGCACCGUCGGACGACAGGGCGGGCGUAUCCGGCGGACUCAAAGUACCUGGCGAUGUGCACUUUCUUCGCAACGGGAUGAAGCUCCCAGUACGCAGAAACCUUGGAGCGCAGUUGCAUUACUAUUUUCGCCACAGCUUCCGUAAUUCAACUGAUAGCACUGUCAAAUUUUGUCUGAAAACUCAUGGGUUACUAUGAUUAACGAUGCACAUGUGGUCUCAUCACUAAGUGUUGAGGUGGUUCUCGCUACCGACAAACACUGCUCCGCUAAUUUCAACUUGUAUUUUUUACCAACCACCAGCCACGAUAAUAUUAUCUGCCGUUUUGACUCGAGACCCUUCGUCUAGAGAUUCCGGGCAGAAAUCCAACCUUUUUCCAGCGAGAGAACCAACAACUCGGUCUCCAGUGUGACAACUGCGCGUUCGCUCUUAUCAUUCAUGCACUUUUUUACACCACUUCCAGCUCCGGUCUGUUUUGUAUUGAUUCCAUCCACAAAGGUUGCAUCCACGUCGAAAUAAUCCCGGUCAUUCCUCAUAUGGUAUGUAGGGAAACUGCGGGUAAUACGGACAGUGGGGAAUAUGGACAGGUGGUUGUUUUAAUUAGUUACAUUUUGAAUUUGAGAUUUCUGUUAAUGAGAACAUCUUCUACAUGUGAUUCUAUAAUAUUUAGUGGUUACCCUAUGGCAAUGAAUACUGUUCAAAAAUGAAAUAGGCGAACACAAACCAAAAAUCAUACAUGAUUCCGCGUGCGGAUGUAAUUUUAGCGGUUUCGAUAUUAAGCAUUUUGAGUGGUUUAAUAUCAAAAUUCAAUUCGCUGAUGGUUAUAUUUCGGUUUGCGAGUUAACAGAGAAGCGAUAUUAGGUAUUUACGUAAAAGUAAAUUCAUUUGUGAGUGUAAAAUUCAAAUUAUUGAAAUAAUCGUACUGGUAGAGUGGGGAGUUGCCUGUGGGAGUGAGAUGGACUGUAAAAAGUCUGUUUAAUCUAUUCCUAAGAAAUGCCCUGCGUCUAUAAACGGAAAUCAAAUCGCCAAAGGUGGACUGUUUAGAACUGGCACUAAAAGCGAAAUAGUUGAUGGUCUGUCCGUUUACACUGCUGAAAAGCACUAUAUCACUUCUAUGAUUAAUCGAUUUUUUCAUCAUUUAACGGAAAUUCGUGAUGAGUUCAGACCUUGUUUGAAUAAAAUUAUUCCUCUCACGAGCGAUAAAAUUUUACGCUUCGUAUAUUACAAACCAGUCCAUAUUCCCCCCACUAUAUGUCCAUAUUACCCCCAUCGAAAAUAAUGUUGUACUGCAUUAAAGUUUUGGGAAACAUGAGUUUCCAAAGAUAUAAUUGAAGUUCGUCUUAACAUGUCCGUAUUAUCCCCACCUCCCCUACAGCCACUGUCAUUCGUUCACCCUCCAGUAAAGACGUUACCGGCCAUGAAGCACACUACAACACAGAGCACCACCUGCUUCGACGAACUUUGCUUUCUACUUAACUGCAGGAUUCAAUCCCAUCGGCUUACGAUACUCAUUUGCACUUUAUCCAUUCUUUUCCAGGAGAAAGUUACGACAAUUUUAUAGUAACCCGGUUUCAAGCAAUAGAAAACUCACUGCUUCUCACUUUUGUCGUAAAUCCUCAACGUUUAUGACGCAAGAUUUGACAUUUUUUCAUUAGGUGAGCUGGGUAUCGUUUUUAUAAAAUAGUUUUCGCGUUAAUAACCAUUUUGACGUGACAACGUUUCGACUCACUAAAAACAGGGUUUUUUCUCGCUAUCAUGUAUAAAUCAUACGAUUUCCAAAUAGUAAACGAUAUCAAAACAUUUCCUACAAGAAUCUUCAGUUGGGAAAUAUUUUACAGUUGGAUUCGCUUGUUGCCAGCCCCAUACUUUUGUGACGUGACAACACCUGUCUUUCUGCGGUUUCCGACUUUUGAACAUCAAUGUUGUAUUUUCAGUUUCGUUUCAAAACAUACAAAUAAACUUUGGUCUAUGAUUUGUCAACAACAGAUGAAUGUGGAUUUCUGUAUUUUAUCAAAAGAGUUUAUCACAAAAUAGCAAGAACUUUGAGAUCUCUCUUUCCCCUUCCAAAAGUCCAUCCUGUAAGGGAAGGGGAUCCUGAACCUACCCCCUUUGUAUAUCAGGAACGGUGCUUCCUACCGAAUUUUAGGUAAUGUCAAGUGAAAGGUGUCAUAAUGCUGACAAUUUGAUAAUAUGGUGACUUUUUUCGGGCCUUCUUUAUUCUAGCGUUUUUGCACCAUUUUGCAUUUCGUUGCUUCAAAAACAGAGAAGAAAUAUGUUUGACCUGUUUGCCAAAUUAUUUCAAUGUCCGUUUAGAUUGUUAAACAUUGUGAAACAAGGCAAUUAUAAUUGCUUGUGGUAUGUUCAUCACAAUAAGCUACAUAAAUUCAAUCUACCUGUUACCUGUAGUACACGGCAUGCCGUUAUUUGGGAAAAGUUGGGCUGGUCCUGGACCGAGCCCCAGUUUUUGCAUCGUGAUUGUUUAACACGUUCACUCUGGUGCUUGCCAUCAAUGGCUCGCACAAGCCUGGUUCAUCUAGUGGUGCUCACUACCGGGGGAACGCAUUUGAUUUUGCUAUGAUAAUCUUUUGAUAAACUUUUUGUAUGCAUUCGUAUGCGUGUGCGCGUACCUGUGCAAGGGUAUUUGUGUUUGCGUGUUUAAGGUGACUUUGACUUUGAUCGUUGACCGUUGACGUUUGCGUGUGCAUUUGUAUGUGCACUUUCUUUGUCUAACUCCACACGCGUCGCUCUAAGGCUCAAGUUCUCACCACUCAAAUACUAUGUCCCUCUCGCUCAAAUCCUAUCUGCUCACUAUCAAAGUUUAUUCCCUUUUUCUUUAUUUUUCGCGUACCCUUGGAUGUAUGCUAUCGCUACCGUUCACGAUCAAAUCGCGGAAUUUCAUGCCAUUUUCAGUCUAUUAGAUCCGUUUUUAACGAACCGGAAGUCACCAUCCUUGAUUUUAAAAUAAACACGAUAUUCGACUUCCGCUGGUAAGACACCAGCAACCAAUACCCAAAUCGUAUAGGUUUUCAUAUUUUUUUGUCAUUUAAUACUAUUAUCAGCAAACUGAAAGUCGUAACAACGUUAUAAUCUAUAUUGUGGAAUCUAUGUUCAUCUAUUGUUGACAAAGCAUAAAAGAAAGUUCAAUUGUAUGUUUGAAACGGAACUGAAAAUACAACAUAUAUGUUCAUAAGUCGAAAACAGCAAAAAGUCAGGUGUUGUGAUUUCAUAAAAGUAUUUGACUGACAACAAGCCGUUCUUCGCAUAGUUGUCCCAUGUUACCUUUUGACAAUUUUCACUUUUCUUCAUAAAACGACGUUUUUAUGCCUAAUCUUCAAGAAAACCACAAAAAACUUAUUGUUUGUUCCCAGCUUUUCGAAAAAAGUUGAAUUGUCCAAUGUUGGUAGUCUAGGCAUCACUGUCCUACAAUGUAUUUUUAAACCGUAUUCAAGCUUGGUUGAUUCAAGUGAGGGGAACUCUUCACAUUUCAUUAGACAAUCACAUUUCAUUAGACAAUAGGUUACCCGGUGUAUUGCCAAACUGAAUUGCUUAUAGCUUCUGGUGGACAAAUAUGCUAGAGAACUUUGAUUGCGUUCUUCUCAGUUGCUGAUUUUGGAACAUGGGACAACUAUGCGUAGAGCGGCAGUACAUGGACUGAAAAGUCCUGGGAUUUUUAAUGAAAACAAUCGUUUUUUGGGCAAAGCUGUAUCUGUUCCUCAACAUAGUUUCCUUCGAGGACAAUACACUGGGUAUAGCGAGUUUCCAUCAUUUCGAUUCCCUUUCUGUAGUACGAAACAUCUAAGCCUUCGAAAUAUGCCUCAGUGCCCCUCUGCAGACGGCCUAUUGGACUCAAAAGUCUGGUAAUUAAUCCAUAUUGCAUCCAUUGUCACAAAACGUCGAAAGAAGUCCAGUCGAUGAGGCUUCAACAACGCCAAACCAUCUGUUGAAUCAUCAACGCGACGCUGGUUUUGGUCGACGGUCAGCAAACGCGGAAACCAUCGCGUGGAUAGCUUUUUCAUGCCCAAAAUGCCGUGCAAAAUGUAUCCCACUCGUUCUUUUGAAUUGACUACGGCCUCAGUUAACUCGCGUAAUUUCACUUUACUAUCGUUUAAAUUGAGUUUACUCGUUUUACGGUUUCUGGUUAGAGGCGAAAGAACAGCAAAGUUUAAAGCCUCUCAAAAACAAAGAAUGGAAUGGAAUGGUUUCGGAUUCGUAGCCUCGUUUGGCCUUCCAGAGCGAGGUGCAUCUGCGGUUCUUGUACGGCACAUUUCAAAUUCACUAAACCAUCGAUAAUCAGUUGUUCUCGAACGAGUAGAAGUGGAAUAACAUUUCGUCAACCACUGUAUAGAGGAGGGGUUCAGGAGGUUUUCCCGUAAAAAAACAAUGUUUGAUCAAGAUACGUUAUUCCUAUUUUUCUAUUUUCUAUACGAAAGCUCAGGUAGUGGCAGAUGCACACAGUUGCAGCGAUAAAAAUAAAACAGUGAAAUAUUCGCUAGUCCGAGAGGAAACAUAAAACACAAAACGAGCAGAGUAUGCGACCUUUGUUGUUUCGGGCACAGAAAGAUUCUGAGAAUUUUCCUUAGAGGCGAUGCAAUACUUAUACGCUAGCGACAGCUUACUUACUAUGCAAGGGUGGAGUUUACUUCGCAAAUAUUCUCUUUUCGCUAUCCCCCUUCGUUGUUUCUAUUCUAGCGGCUGCAUAAGUUGCCCGUUAUUGACAGCUCUGUUCGGGAAAGCACAAAAAAGGACAGAACAAUACAGACUAUUGGAUUGUAAUGUAUAGCAUAUCAAACAAAUCCUACAAAAUUCCGAUUCCGAUUCGAUUGGUAUGCAAAUCGUUAAAAUCCGUUUGCAGCAAAAAUAGUUAUUAACGUUAAUUUUAUUUCAUAGAAACGUGACCUGUUCACUGAUUUGGCACCCUUAAUGUAAGACGUAGUCCUACGUCAAAAAACAAUUCAAUAAUUGUGAAACGUCAAGCAUUGUUCGAAUGCACUAUGUACCUCGUUUUGAUUGUUCCAAUUCGUGCUCCGCAAAUGGUUACGACCAGAGUAGCAGCGGAGCAUAAUUCGGAUACAAGUAAAGAAUUAUAUUGUAAGCCACUCCCCUUGAGAUUCUACCGCCAGUCCAAUGACAUAAAUUUGGCUGGUGCUUUCCGAAAACAUAAUUUAUUUUCUAACCACGAAGCAGAGCUGAUAUCCUAAGGCCAUCGUUCUAGCAUGCAGUAGCGGCAAAAGUGUCAGAACUGACAGAAGCGGUAGUGGUGGCAACGGCGAAUGCAUACCUUUCCGUACUGAUCAAGAAGUCUAUUAAACUAUUGAACGAUAAAAUCUGCAGUCUGCGGAGACUUCAAGGCCAUUGUUCCACGAAUAUCAUCAGCAUUGUAACUUGUGAAUUAUUUGUGUAGGAAUGAUGUUUUUGGGAGCGCUGGAGAUGUAAUUUUGCUAAUAGUUCCUGAAAAACUUACUCGGAUAUUCGAUAAGUUACCUAAAUUGACCACUCUUGGUGUAGUUCUACGUCACUUCGGUUAUGUCCCCGACAUUACCCACCUGUUUUCUUUUUGACGUUUUGACUUUUUCAUUAUGUCUUUCGGGAACAUAUUGGGAUACAAAUUGAAAAUCGAAAAUCGUGUACAUCGUGAAAAUUGUCCAAUUACAAACAUUUUCAUGAUGCUCAGUCAAUUCAUGAUGAAUUGAUGAAAUUUUUGCGUCGAUCGAUUUCGGCACUCCCUAACAAUUUUUUAUAUUGAAGAAAAUAAUAUACGUUAUGAAACUAACUAUCGAACAAUUGAAAAAUCUCAACCCCUAUCUUAACGGAAAUACCCACUUCUGAUUGGUCGAAAUUGACGACACAUGCGGCGGGUCCCUAACAGAAACAUCAAAACCAAGCUGCCUGGGAGAAAUCGGCAUUGCAAAUACAUGAAAGUAGGGGGAACUUUUAUUCCUACCGAAAUGUGGUCCCUAACAGAGACAUCAAAACCAAGUCACCUGGGGGAAAUCGAAAAUAUGCGAUACGAUUAAUUCUAACAAAUAAAAUUUGAAUUCGGAACUUUAAUGUUGGUUGCUUCGUGAAAUUUCAUAUCAAUGACCAAUAUCAAUGUAUUGUGGAAAAUUUAGCACAAGUGUAAGUGUAAAAUUGUAUAUGGUAGCAGUUGUGUUAAAAAUAACUUGAUAUAUGAAAAGAUUUAUUUCAAUUUUCAUAAAUAAAAACUAAGGUGCGCUCGAGAACGGGUCGUUUGGUUUAAGCUGUCUGUUUUGUUGUGUUCAUAUUCACCCAAGGGAAGUUUAUAUGACGAGAGAAAUUGAAAAAGUGAGGCAAUAGUGAUUUCCCAUAUGCCCUACAUAUAGUAUUAGGUGUUGUUAGUCCAAUUAAAAUUCGCAUUGGGUUGAAUAAACACUCAAUAGUAAAAAUUAUAAAAGAAAAUUAUCUUUUCCAUUUCAAAUAUGUUUUCUCUAUAUUAAAGUAAUACUGAUGAGAAAAAUUGAUAAUUGUGUUCGGUAUUAGUAAUUAUCUUAUAUUACAUUGGUAAGCUUUUUUUCUUCAUUUCGUCCAUACAUAUCACAGGAGGCAUCUCGUGUAGGAUCACAAAGGGCGGUUUUCAUCAUAUCUCGUUCCACUUCGGUGUCUUUAUCUCAUACGCACUAUCCAACGACUGUUUACCAUCCUUCUGUCAUCUUCACUCGGUGAACACUGGUGGAGUGAACAAACAAAGCCCAACAACCAAACAAAACGGCCCUUUUCAGAGCAUGUUUACCCUGUUAUAAACAGUUAAACUGUUAUAAAUUCUUCAAACAUAUCCAACAUCAACAGAUAGCCUAACGAUAUCCUACGUCAACUAUGCGGUCGUGUCUCGGACACAACCCCCCUGUAAUUUUUUUGUUGUUGUUGGUACUUUACUUCUUAUAUCAGGCUUUUCCAAACCAAAUUAUGGUAUAUGCAUAGUAUGCUCACUUGCAAAAUAAACAUUAUGGCACAUAUGAAUUUUAUGCAAAGUAUGCAUUAUCUCUAUUCAUUACGAACGAUGCGUCAAAUGGGAAAGAUUAGAUGAUGGAUUUGGGUUUUAUAUUCAUAUCAAAUAAAAUCAUUGGAGCACAUUGACUCUAAGACCUUCGAACUCUUCGAAUGAUAAAUGUCUAAAACAAAAUUGGCCAAAGGAUAGGAAGGUAGAGAAGGGAUAUUAUUUAUACAUUGUAAACUCAUUUUGCAUAAGAUGGGUAAAACUGAAGAACACUUAUAAAAAACCGGAUAAAAGUGGAUGAUAUAGAAAAAACUGGAUGUUUUUAAAAUUCAACUGGAUGACUGGAUCGUGAAAAAAAAGUUGGAAGAAUCCAGUUCAAACUGGAACUUUUUUUUUUCGCUUGAAAAGCCAAGUUUAUUCAACAUUUGAAAUAUUUACAUUAUUGUUAAUUUAAAUCCAAAUGACAUUCUAAAGAGCCAAUGUCUAUUGUGUCAUUGAACUCAUUAAUUAUGUAUUUCAUCAACUUAAUUCAUGAAUGUUUUGAAUGAAUGUUCAUUCCGUUUCAUUUAGAUGCUGUUAAUUACAAAAAUCGCAAUUAAAGCGCAAAUAAUAAAUAAAAGUCGAUUUAAAAAAAUAUCCAGGCUUUUUGUUCUUCAGCAGACGUUGCUGCAAAGCACUUGGCAGCCUUGACCUACCUGCUAUGAUGAACUGACUUGACUUCGCCGCCUACUUAGUUUGAUGUGAAAUUGUAGCCGACUAGUCGCUGAUGAUGGUAUAUUUGGACCAGUAAACCGCUAUAUAUUAUUUUUUGGUCCGAUGACAGAUUCUACUCCAGCACUUAUGGCUUCGAUUAUCUUGAACUGGAAUUUUGACAACCAAAAUUAACUGAAAAGGCAAUGAAAAUGAACGAAUGGACGUUUUAGUCGCCGUUGGAGAUUUUGGAUGAGUUUGAACGUUUCGACGGAGUCGCUGGUCGUUUUUUUGCUCUCGAUUGUGUGGCCAACGGGGUCAACACGCUUUUCCGUCGAUUGUGGAGUCGAUCUGCGAUGACUCUAUUUGAAUAUGUCGAAGUGUCACGAAAUUCGUGAGAUCAGUAUCAGAGGCGCGAAAAAGAACGUACCUCUUACAUUUCCAGUGGAUACCUCUGAUUUCCUUGGGAAAUUGAAACACCAACAAAUCAAUUCGAAGCCCUUGCUCACAAAAUUUAAAAAAAUACUUUGUAUAUGACGCACUGGAUAGUGCAACCAGCAACAUCUUUACCGAAAAAUUUUCACCAUUUCAAGUUAAACUCUCAACCCUAAACACGUAUCGUUUUGACUGCCAAGAACAACCGUUAAAAUCUACUUCCCUUUCACUGAAGCUCAUGCUCCAAGGGUCCACGUAAGCCUAGUAGACGAAUUGAACCGUAAGGGAGUCUAAAAUAUACUAGAAUGGAAGCGUAAAUUAAUAGUAAGCUAACUGACCAAAAAAGCACAGCGAGUGUUGUCAAGUUUGAAGCAUCUUAAGAUUAAAAAAACGAACAACCUAACUCAUAGCGAAAGCAAAACCAUAAAAAAAAAAGUGUAAUACUCUGCUCUCGUUGUAUCCCGAAUCUUAACAGCGUAACAAACAGAAACCAAUCCCUAUUCGUAUAACACAUAUCAUUUUUGGAUAAAAAUGGGCACAGACGGAAACAUUUAUUAGCUGUGUGGAUGUUGCAGAACAAACAUUUUACGAACUGAACAAGCGAGCAGGCAGGGCCGAAAUAGAGUGAACCUAACGAGAAUCCGAAUUUACUUAACGGAGGUGCACUCAAACCGUUUGACCGAACUGGCAAAAAAGCAAAAAAAGCAAGCUUCCUCUCAAACCACACGUGACUUCUUCGAAGCGUAAGCUUUUAACACCGUAAGUUAAUUUCCACCGAAAACCUCUAGAUAAUUUCCAAUAAUAACACUAGCUGUAGUUUACCGACCUAAAUUAUUAACUACAACAAAAAAAAACAAUACUUUUAACUCUUUAUUAACAACAAAAACAAACAAAAAAUAGUUCAUGUUGCAGGCGACAUUAUACAUAAAUUGUCUAUAUUUAAACACAGUGGAAAACAAACAAACAAACACUAGCGAACUGGUAGCGAAUGUGCACACAAAACUAGAACACAGAUAAGAAAGUAGAUGUGAUGAGUGUUACACACAGCAGCAGAGUGUUGCACAAUGCCGAAAUCGUCCCCCUCUCAUUGAUGUUGAUGUAUUUUGGGUUAGUUUUAGGAUAGUUACAUAAAAACAGAAAAAAAUACUAGUUGAAUCUAGAAUGCAAAAUAAACGCCGACAGUUUAGUUAACUGAAUACUGAAUACAAAACCUUCGAAAGGAAAAUGUGACAAUUAUCCAUGAGACUAAUGAGCGUAAGUGAAAAAAAAACAAAGAAUAAAAAAAAUCGGAAGAACAGAAGUCUUCAAACUCAUUUAAAAGCCUAACGUAAGUCUAACGAGUCUUCUGCUCAUUAAUUCGUAGAUUAAAGAAACAAAAAACAA